CCAUCUAUCCUCGUAUGACCAAGGGUAUAUCUCGUAAUUACCUUCACAUUCUGAGCCCUUUUUCGUUAUUUCUAAUUCUUUGAUGCCUCUUCUUACAAAAAAAAAAAAAAAGCUAACCCUAAUCUUGUCCCUUUUUUUAAUCGCCGCCACGAUUUUCGAUCUGAAACUUUUCUCGAUCAAUUUGAUCUCAAAUCUUCGCUUGCAUCUCCAAAUCGACCUGGUAUUCGAUUUCUUUUCUUCCUCUAUCGAUUGAUUCCAAUUUUAUCAUUACCCGCUGUUUCCUUCUAAUUCUAGGGUUAGGGUUCCGAAACAUGCUCGAUCCGCGAUUAGAUUCACAGAUCUGAGAAAAAUUGUUCAUAGUUAGAGAUUCUGGGUUCUGUGUAUUCGUUUUCGUUUCGAUUUCGUACCGAUUUUUCGAUUUUUCUUUCUGGGUUUCUGUAUUUUGAUUAUUUAUUGUCUGAUUUUUUUAUUUAUUCAUAGGCUUUGGUGAAAUUGUAUGCGGGUAUCGCUGAUUUUGUACAUGAACGGGGUUGUAUUUUCUAGGAUUUUCUUGGAAUUUGAAAUCUAGGGUUAGGGUUUCCAGAAAUUUGGGGCUUUUUUGCCUUUUUAAUUGAAUUGGGGGAAAGUCUAUAUUCCUGGAAAAUCAACGGUUUUGUUCGUUAUUGCCGCCAAAUUUUAGCUCCAAUCUUCCGAUCGAACAGUACCAUUUCGUGGAGAUUUCUUUUGAGUUUAUUAAAUAUGGUACAGAAGCGACCAUAUGAUGAGGAAGAAAUUUUCAAGGUUUCUUUCAAGCACCCAAGACAGGUUGAAGACAGCAAACAACUUUUCUCAUUCUCAGAAUCUGUUUUUUCUGAGAGCGCAUCAGAGAUGCCAAAAACUUUAGAGGAUGGAUUCACAAAUGCUGAUAGCAAAGGUGAUGGAAAGUUUUCCGGUGACAUUGUUACUGAUCUUCCAAAAGAUUAUGAGGACAUUGAAACAAGUGCACCUGUUUCCAUCUCAUCAUCAUGGCCCUCCAGUAGUACCAGUGAAGAAGAUUCUAUCCCAGAAGCAUACUUUCACAUGUCUUUUUUCCCACAAUAUUUUAUUCCCGAACGUCCGAUUAGGACAUUAGCUCACUGUGAGGACAUUUAUUCUUUACUUUUUAAUCACCCUUCUCGGAAGUCAGUACCAAUUGGAUCAGAUCAUCAAGCUGAAGUUCCACCUUGGGGUCAACAGGGCACCUGUAAGAUCUCAUGUUGUUCCUAUCUUUCAGAGGGAGUUUUAAAACCUGAAUUUGAGGAUGAACAGAGAAUUAUUGGUAAGUGCGUCAUUCCAAUGCCUGAUUUUGCUUCACCUGUAUAUACUGAUCCGAAAAUUGGGAGUGGGAGAACUGAUUGCAAUUGUGAAGAUGAGGGUUCUCUCAGUUGUGCUAGAAAACACAUUAUGGAAGCUAGAGAAGAACUUGUAAAAUCUCUUGGGCUGGAGAUGUUAAUGGAGCUAGGUUUUUGUGACAUGGGAGAACAAGUAGCCCAAACUUGGAGUGAAGAAGAUGAACAUGCAUUCGAUCAAGUUGUCUCCUCCAACCAAGCUUCCAUGGGCAAAAGUUUCUGGGACAAGCUGUCCUUUGUCUUUCCCUCCCGGACUAAGAAGGAGAUUGUCAGUUACUAUUUCAAUGUCUUUAUGCUUCGUAAGCGAGCUGAGCAGAAUAGAUAUGAUCCAAAAAAUAUUGACAGUGAUAAUGACGAGUGGCAGGGAAGUGAUGAUUUUGGUGACAAUGAAAAUGAAAUGACCGAGGACGAUGAUGAUUCAGUUGUUGAGUCUCCAGUAUAUGGAGAUGGCAUUUGGAACCGGGAAGAUAAUUUGCAGUGCAAUGAGCAUAUUGCUGAUGAUACUUUUGAUGAUAAUAUUAAUUCUGAUUCUAAUAAUGGGGGUGUUGACCAAAGUUCAGAAGAAACAUUCCCUGAGAAGCUCAAUCGUUCCAGUCCUGUAGUUCAACUUGAGAAUAAAAUUGCUUCAGAUGAGAAACAAGAUAGAGAGUGUCAAGACGAUUCAUGUACAUCCUCUGAUGCAGGAGGGCCAUCACUAAGGAACCACAUGCAUUGUGAAAAUGGCAAUUGUGGCUUUAGGAGCUUUAGUAGCAAUGGAUAUGUUUUGGAGCCUUGUGAUUCUAAAGAUUGGGAAUUGGGAUAUAUGACAUGCUCUAGAAAUAAGGUUGACUUCUUGCCAACUUGCAAUAUGAUUGAAGAGGUUUUCGGAGAAGAGACCUUGAAUCGCAAGGUUAGAGAUGGAAAAAACUUAACUUUUUGAGAGACGCAGUCAGGCUUUUCAAGUCCUCUGUCGCCAGAAAGCGCUCAGAAAAAUACGAGUUUAGCUUUCAUUUUGCACAUUACACACACAAAGAAAGAGGGGAAUGGUAAGCCUCGUUGCUAAUGUAAGGUAGUGUACUAUAAAGCGAUUUGUUUAGUUCUCAUUUAUAUUUGUUUAAGCUUAUUCUGGAAUUAGAAAAUUCCAAUCACACCUUAAAGAACACAGAAGAGGGUAUACUUUGUAAGGCUUCCCCUUGUUGGGGAGUGGGCUAGUUGACAAACAAGAUAUACUGAUUGCAAGAGAUGGAACUUUUCAUAUAUAUAUAUAAUGAGUUAAGAUAAAGAAGAAUCAUCUCUCAA